AUGAAGAAGAAGUUAAGGAAGAAGAAGUUUAGGAAGGAGACGAAGUCAAGGAAGAAGAAGUUUUGGAUGGAGAAGAAGUUAAGGAUAAAGAAGAAAGUAUGGAUGGGGAAGAAGUUUGGGAUGGAGAAGAAGUUUGGAAUGGAGAAGAAUCUACUAAUUAAGGAAGCAGAAGAAGUUAAGGAGGAUGGAGAAGAAGUUAGGGAAGGAGAAAAAGUGAAGAAUGAAGAACAAGUUAGGGAAGGAGAACAAGUUAAGGAUGGAGAACAAGUUAGGGAAGGGGAAGAAGAAGUUAAGGAUGGAGAAGUAGUUUGGGAUGGGGAAGAAGUGAAGUAA